CAAAGAGGAUAUGUGAAAGAAGAGAGACGACGUAUGAUAGGCCUGAAUUGAAAAAGGACAUGUUGCGCCGAUACCACAUAGUGUGCCAUAUUAUGUGGCAGUGAUUCUGAACCUUUUUUUUGUUGCGUUCAAAAUUUGGCGGCACACAAAGAAAAAGAUAAAAAUUAUUUACUUACUACCGAAUCACAUACAUUUGCCGAUUUUAACGAAAGAAAAGGUGCAGUAACUACUAUGCAACACCUUGUGAAUCCCAACUAUCACUAAAACAACACGUUUUGUACGCAGAAGUGGCAAGUGUGCGCCGACUGGAGACAUAUUCCUAUGCACGCCGCUUCAUCAUAACUUAGCACUAAAGGCGAAUUUACAUUACGAAAUUAGUGGCAUGAAAUUAAUUUCGUGACAUUAGUUUUACCAACAGUUUCACGUGUAAUUUAAUACUUUCGUAAUGCAUGCAUUAAUUUCAUGCAUGCAAAUUAGUUUCGUGCCCCGCGCGGUUUUUUGGUGAAAUUAGUGUCAUGAACUAAUUUCAUAGUGUAGACGCGACGUGAAACUAAUGUCGCGAAAGCGCCUGCGCUGUACGGACGUGUGUAUUGUUAGUUCAGACGCGCUUCAAGUGUUGAAAAUGGCAAACCAACGAUGGAGUACAGAAAAAAAUAUACAAUUCAUUAAUGAAUAUCAUCGACAAGAGUGUCUCUGGGACCCGAAACACCUACAAUAUAAAAAUAGGGAUGCCCGAGAUGCGGCCUACAAAAUAAUUAUGGAAGCCAUGGAGAUGCAAUGUGUCAAAGAAGUUGUUGGUAAAAUACGAUCACUUCGAAAUACUUACAACAAUGAGUUGUUAAAGGCAAAAAAAUCUAAUACUACGGGUAUGGCAACCGAUGAUCUGUAUAUUUCUAAAAUUCCUUGGCUGUGUCGUUUGGAUUUCUUGAAAAAUAUUGACAGUUACACGAGAGAAAAUACAGAAAAUAUGGCAGCUUCUACUUCAGAAUCUGAGAGCCAAGAUUUUACCGUACCAAGAAAAAAUAAAAGAAAAAUAAAAGAUCCUCUAUUGCAGGCAGUAGAUGCAUUAGAAAAAGUUUCAACGCAGCACUUUUCAAAUGAUGAAUUUGAUCUUUUUGGACAAACUAUAGCUGAACAGCUACGGCAACUUCCUUUAGAAAUUGCUCUGAAAACAGAGGAAAUGAUUUUAUCAACAGUCCGAAAGCAACGAAUCAAAUUAGCAAAACAACAGACAUCAACUCAAUAAGUUCGCCUUCCAACUUUAUCCUCGGAACCCAAUACCGUUGCUUCUACUAGUGGUACCAGUGGUGUAGUAACAGACAAUGAGUAUCCUUAUGAUGAAGGACUACGAUGUACACUCGCACGGGCUGUAGCAAGCAUUCAUGAUACAUCUAUGUCGAAGUCCAAAUAGAGUUAUGAUCAAUAUUAAUUUUUAAAUAUCCUAAGUUGUUGAUUGUUUGUAGCUACUUCCAAAUAAAAAAUAAAAAUUAUUUGCUUACCUCAA